AUGGAGACAUUUGGAGGCGACGCAGGACCAAACUCAUUGACAAAAAUCUCAAUUUUACGCGGAAACAACAUACAUGGAAAAAAGGCAGAAAGUUGGCAGAGUUUCUUGCAGGUUGCGUUCAAUGAAUUGGUGCUGGGCGAAUCUGAAAAGAAGCAAGUCGACCCUGCGGAGCAGCAUGUCGUCUAUGACUUCACCUGCACUUUCCAAAGCCCGUGUGAUGCUCAGGCCCUCAGUGACUUUGCCCACAAACCAAUCACUGUGACGGUGAUGAAGUUCCUGCCCGAGGAGAAGAAAGUGCAGGCGAAGACUUCAGUGUUAGGCCAGGCUGUGCUCGACCUCCUACCUCUGCUUCAAGGACAGAGCAGCUUCUCCACCACAGUCUCAGUCAAUCCCGCGAACAAUACGUCCUGUCGUGACUUUGAUUUGUGAUUUGACUCCUUCUUUCAGCCAUCAACCCUGGACGUGUGUGUCAGUGUUUCGAAGCCCCUGCUGUCUGAGGCCGAGCGUUCAUCUUGCAACCUCAUGAGGGUGACUCUGGAAACUGCAUAUUCGGUCCCCGAGUCGUGGACGCUGCCGUCCAACUCCUCCUCCACUCCUUACACAUGCAUCGCCGCCUUGGAGAUCCCGCUUACCGCCAAGGAAGAUCAGGUGCUAAUGUUCUGUGACGGAGAGCUGAAGGCGGGGGGGCAGAGGGAGGAGGGCGGCCGGCAGAAGAAGAGGCCCCACCGGGCCACGCUCAUCCCCGGGAACUACUUCCUGCCCGGAACCUUUUUCCAGCCCGAGUCCAUCGAACAGGAGGCCGGAGAGCUGACCAGCUCACAGGAUCAGGCGUUUCGUAACGAGGCGGAGACCUUGAAGAGCAGAGUGAGCUGGGACACCGAGAUCUGCUGCUUCCUGGAUGCAGGCGGAGUUUCCAGGAUGCAGCAGAAGAUCUCUGAGAGCAGACUGUGGCCGCUGGAGGUCAUGAGGUCGCCGGCUCCUCUGGAAAAGCUCGCUGAUGAAAACCCAGAGAUCCCCUCUCAUGGAGUGGCUUUAGUGGACGUGGGGCGGCUGCUGUAUCCCGGAGUCAAGCGCAUCAGAGGGGCGUUCUGCAUUCAGCCUUUCUCCGAGUCUGAGAUGCUGAAGAAGACCAGGCGCAGUGUCAGUGUGUUGAAGGAACAGGCUGUUUUAGCGGCCAGAGAGGCCAGAACUCGCGCCGGCUCAGCCCUCGGCUCCCAGAGGACAAAAGCUGGGAAGAACUCGGAUGGAAUCAACAAAGCAUUAAAGGAGUCCAACCAGUCUGCCAAAAAGCAAACUACCAGUCAGAAGAGGACUUCCGUCGGUGAGAACAUCACAGACAGUCUGACUGAAACCGAGCUGCAAGUUAAUACCAAGGAAAAUAUUUACCUGGAGGCCAGAACUUAUGUCAUUGUUGAGAUUGCCUUGGAGAAACCCCUGGUGCCAAAAACAUCUCCAGAGGAGCUAGCCAAAAGGUUGAGAGCUCUGAUUCCUCCCAGACCUCCAAUCCCAGCGGGUCCCAGCAGAGCAGAAAGGGCAGUACUGGACUUCCAUAGGCAGGUGAGCAACGCAGCAGCAAACAUUUCAGAGCAAUAUGAAGAAUUGUUUGGACAGAGUCAAGAAGAGCACAGCAGAGAGCUGAGGAAGGUUCAGCUGGUGGAGGCGCUCAAUGUGUCCGGGAGAUACUUCACGUUCAAGGAGCGGAUGAAGCAUGCGGUGGUGAGAGUCGUUCGCGAUAAGAUGCAGCGGAGCGAGGCGUUCACUGACCCUCAGGAGCUCAAGGCGUUCGUCAGCCGCCUCUACGUCUACCUGGUGGACGAGAUGCACGUCGCUCUUGACAAGAUUUAUUCCGAUGAUGUUAAUGAUGAAGAAUCCACAAAUGAAUUCCAGCCAAGUACUUCUCAGCUCAGACAUUUUGCCAAAGAAGCACAGCUCACUGGGAAUUAUCCUCAAGCUUCUGAGUAUUAUAAAGAGUUAGUAGUGAGGAACCCCCGUGAGGCUUCUCACAUGUCUGAAUGGGGAAGUUUGUACAUGCUGACAGGAGACUACAUGAAGGCAAAGGAGUGUUUCCAUAAUGCCGUUUCCAUCCAGCAGACUCACCAACCCAGUCUGAUGAUGUGCGGGGUGUUAGCGGUGAUGGCUGAGCGUUACGACGAGGCUCAGAUCUUCCUGGAGCGAGCCACCUCUGUCGACCCGCCCAGCGUGGCGGCCUGGACUCUGCUGGGUUUGCUCCAUAACUGCCAAAACGAAUCCAUCCUCUGUGAGAGGGCGUUUCUGGAGGCCAGAAGGACGCUGAGGGCAGCAGAAGCGCAGGAGCGAGCACACAGAGCGGAGUGCAGUCAAGACUGGGAGGAUCAGAGUGAGAAGGACCAGCAGGAGGAAGAAGACACUGAUGCUCCUGCACAGUCUCCCAGUGGAAACACAGAUCCAGAAUCUGUCGGUCAGGAUUUGGAUCUUCACAGAGAGUCUCUAACACAGAGUGUCAGCUCCACAUCAGCUCCCACUGAGCUCCCAGCCAACAUUUACACACAGACGAUCCACUUCCUGCUACAGAACAACGCCCUGCAGAUGGCCGAGCUGGCGUUGUCCCAGGAGCUGCUGAGUCCAGAGGGUGGCCGCAGCGCCUCCUACCUGGUUCACCUGGCGCAGCUGCAGCUGCUGAAGGCCGACUACUGCAGUGCCGCUUCCAGCCUCAGGGAGGCGCUGCUGCUCUCAAACCAGGAUGCUGACGCGUGGGCCCUGAAUGGCCACUGUCACUACCUGCGCGAGGCGUUCACUGACGCUCAGGAGAGCUACGAGUGGAGCCUCAACGUGCUGCAGCAGCCGUCCGACUCCCACAUCGUCUUCCUCCGCCUUGGAUCCAUCUACCUGCUGCAGCAGAAGUUUGAGGACGCCAAACUCAUCUACCUGCAGGCCUGUGAGCAGUCUCCAUCCUGCCUGACCUGGCUGGGCCUUGGCACGGCCUGUUACCGGCUGGAGGAGCUGGCGGCGGCUGAGGAAGCUCUGAUCGAGGCCAACCGUCUGGACCCUCAGAACGCAGAGGUGUGUGCGUACCUGUCUCUGCUGCGCCUCAGGUCUGGCAAGAAAGAGCAAGCAGAGCAGUUUUAUAGAUAUGCAAAAAUGUUCAACCUGCAGAAGGAGUCGCUGCUGAAAGAGCUGGACGAAGAGAAAGAAAGGCUCCGACUCAGUCACCUGCAGUCCUGCUUCAACAGCCACACCCAAGUUUGA